GUGGUAACUGCCGGAAAAGGGGAUAGUGAAGAAGACAGCUCUUCAAGUGAGCGAGAGGAGGACAUCAUCAAUAACGCGUGUGAUAAAGAGCACAAUAUAUGGCAAUAAGCUUAGUAAGUAAAAGCUUAGGAAAUGUCUGAGGGAGCCUCCAGAAUCACUGGGCCGAUCCCACCAGAUCCCACACUCUUUCCAGACUUCUACAAGCGUCCGAACUCGGCUCGUGGUAGACUUGAGGGCAAUAGCUUAAAGUUGGACUUUUUGAGUGGCCCGUUGGCACCCGACCCCACAUUAUAUCCAACAUGCUACAGUGCCCGUCCAGCUAACCCCCCUCCAAGAAUUCGCCCAAAUGCCCGGGAAAUUCUUGAGCGAGGCCACAAUGGAUCCGUUGGAGUCCUACUGCAGCUUGAAGGAAUUUCUCUUCAUACAGAAUCCCCACCAAAAAGAAAAGCUCGGAACCAUGAGAAAGAAAAUGUUCAAAGGAUGCGAGAGAUCCAGAAAAAGUGUAGGGAGAAAGAGAUUGAGAAGGAGCAGGGACGUCCCAAACCGGUCAAAGCCCUAUGGAAAUCUCAAAAAUACGAGAAUGUAGAGUCUAAAGUGAAGGCUAAGCUACAGGAGAGUACCACCACUCCCAACCCAGAAUCUGUGAAAUUUCUGAAGGCCUUCUCUCGUUGUGGUUCUGGUACUCAGCCCAAAAGAUCACAGUCACCAGGACCUGGACGGCCAAGAACUCCACUUAACCUAGAAGAGCAAGAGAUGCAGGUAAGGGGCUCAGGCAUAGACUUCAUAUCCUACAAUGCACGGAACGCAAGGAGGACCCAUGUGAGACGUUCCCUCUCCCUGCAGAAUCUGAAUGAAAUCCAAGAACAGAAGCAACGAGAGCAGAAGGAGUAUGACGUGAAGCAGAAAGGACACGUGCCUCAGUAUCUUGUAGACCUUAAAGAAAGAUGGCGCAAAGAGAUAGAAGAGCGUAAGAAACAGACCCCUGAUCCAGCAUGCCCUCCUGGACACACUAUGAUGACUGAGGUUAAAAGGCAGGAGACACUAAACAACAUUAAACAAACCCAGGCACAGAUGAUUAAAGAGUUACUGUUGCUCCCAGUACGGGCUGACAAUCUCAGUAUUCAGAAGAGAAGGACUGAGCUGGAAAAGAAGCUCUCUGAGCUGGAAGAGGCAAUCAAAAUAUUUAGUCGUCCAAAGGUGUUUAUCAAGUCAGACUUGUGACUGUGUCAUUAGCGGAUUUCAGAUUUACAAACAUUAUGUAAAACAGACUCUCUUUUUUUUUUUGGAGAUUCCUUUUUAAACUGCACCACUUGAUUUAUCAUCCAGUACCAGAAGCGUUUUAAUCCAUUGGUGGCGUACGGCUGGUGUGUGGCAUUAAUUGUUUGUGCCUUAAGAUUUAAAAAAUAAAUCGAAGUGCAGCACUCAAGGUGAAGAAUGUAAUAUUUUUUCCUAAAUUAAUCAUAAAAACUAUUUUCUAUUUAAAAUGCUUAUUUUAUAAUUUUUACUAUUGCGUUGACACAUUUUCACAAACAUUUGUAAUGCUAUCUUAAAAAAUGUAAAUAAAAUAAAACUGAAAAGUA